AUUAUCGCUAUGUAUGAGUCCUCGGCUCACCCACUCUAUACACCCGAACGCGCGAGACGUUCUCUAGCCUAUCUCGAUGGAAUUGUCCGCCAAUUAGGCUUGACGUUCUUGGACAGUAAUGAACCAGACGUGUUGACAUUCACCCCUAACGCUGUACCCAUCACUCACAGACGCCGCCCCUUUGAUCAAAUGUCUAAGGACGGGGUCCGUACCCCUCAUGCAAUUUCUCGCAAGUGCGACUGUAUCCCCCUUCCAAAUUCAUCCAUCGCUACGGAGCAGUCAUCGUCCUCAUGGUCUUUCACGCCACCUUGGGAUCCCUCAUGGACCCCUGAGGAGAUGCACAAGGAAUCUUGCAGGAGGCUGUGUUGGAGCGCCCUUAACCUCGUGGCUAGGUACAUGUCACAUUGCAUCGCAUUUCAGAAAGAGCCGAGCGAUCUUUUCCUAACCGAUCCUUCUAAUGUUUUUGAACGGUUCCGGUUGUUCCCUGGUGAGAUAUCACAACGAGGGUCCAACGAGCACAAGGCGCAGUCUUCGAAAGAAUCAACAUGGGCGCUCUAUUGCCGCAGCAUGCUCCUUUGGAUUUUCUGCACCACUCGUCUCCGGAAAAAUGCUUUUAGCAACACAGAGACAACCGACCUUGCGGUUGAAGCUUGGUCAGAAACCCUUGAAAUUCAGGAUGCCUUGGAUUCCCACACUUGCAACCUCGAUAUGGCAUUGUUGUACAUGUGUCGGGAGUACGUCUACAAGUACGUCUAUUUUGUCCCCUUAGUACGUGCUGAUGGUGGCGUAUCUAGUGGCCAUGCCGAGGCUGGAAAUUCCCCUCAGUUCAAUCGUAAGCAGGCUGAGCAGUGGUUGUACUACCAGAGCCUCUUCAUCCGCAGAGUUAAAAUGUCAAUUCACCAUCUCGGGGAUCAAGACGGCCAUCUUUUCACCAGGCAGCCGUUCCAGGUUACUUGGUUUGCAAGCCAAGUAGCAAUAUGUCUUGCUCUGUGGGAGGAGGACAAGUCACUUCUUGAUGCUUUGGAAGUUGCUAAGGACGUCAUAGUACCAGUCGACGUACUGAAUACGUUGUGGCCUUGCCCAAUGUUAUUGAGCAAAUGCGACGACUUGCAUAAGCGGGUGACGGAGGCUUGCCACUCCGUCAAUAUUGCUGCGCCACUGCCACCCAACUGUUCGCUCCCUCCACUUCUCCGGGGUGGCCCAUGAACAAUCUCGGAUUCAACAACUCAUACCCAAAGCCUCCUCGCCUACGAUCCAUUGCAAAUAUUGUCCCCCUGUUAGUUUACGCCAGAUGCUAUGUCAAUAUUGUUUCGCUUUCUGCAGCGUUGGUUAUUACUGUAUUCGAUCUCCCUUACUCUUUCUUCCUUCAUAAUUUGGUCAAACUUCGCAAUAAUUUACAUCACCUGAUGGUUUCGAAACCUGUUUGUAUUGUACCAUUUCUGAUACCCCAUCGAUUGUCGAUUUAGCCUGCUGCCUGUUCUUCAAUAACAUUAUUGACGACUUCUCAUCCCCGCAUAGAGGAUACCUUGACGAUGAAGCUAACUUUUUACCUUUUG